AUGUCUCUCUCCAACAAGCUCAACAUCACGGAUGUCGACCUCAAGGGCAAGCGAGUCCUGAUCCGGGUUGACUUCAACGUUCCGCUCGACGAGAACAAGAAUGUCACCAACCCGCAGCGCAUCGCCGGCGCCGUGCCCACCAUCAAAUAUGCCAUCGACCAUGGUGCCAAGGCCGUUGUGCUGAUGUCGCACCUGGGCCGGCCCGACGGCAAGCCCAACCCGAAGUACAGCCUCAAGCCCGUCGUGCCUGAGCUGGAGAAAUUGCUCGGUAAGAGCGUGGUCUUCACGGAGGACUGCGUUGGUCCCCAGGUCGAGGAGACCGUCAACAAGGCUACCGGUGGCCAGGUUGUGCUGCUGGAGAACCUCCGUUUCCAUGCGGAGGAGGAGGGUAGCUCCAAGGAUGCCGAGGGCAAAAAGGUUAAGGCUGAUAAGGAGAAGGUGGCUGAGUUCCGGAAAGGACUGACUGCCCUGGGUGACAUUUAUAUCAAUGACGCUUUCGGCACCGCCCACCGCGCGCACAGCUCGAUGGUCGGCGUGGAGCUCCCCCAGAAGGCCGCCGGCUUCCUGGUGAAGAAGGAGCUGGAGUACUUCGCCAAGGCCCUUGAGAACCCGCAGCGACCCUUCCUGGCCAUCCUCGGCGGCGCCAAGGUGUCCGACAAGAUCCAGCUGAUCGACAACCUUCUGCCCAAGGUGAACAGCCUGAUCAUCACCGGUGGUAUGGCUUUCACCUUCAAGAAGACGCUGGAGGGCGUCAAGAUUGGCAACAGUCUGUUCGAUGAGGCUGGCAGCAAGAUCGUCGGCGAGAUCGUCGAGAAGGCCAAGAAGAACAACGUCGAGAUCGUCCUCCCCGUCGACUACGUGACCGCCGACAAGUUCUCCGCCGAUGCCACUGUCGGCACCGCCACUGAUGCCACUGGUAUCCCCGAUGGCUGCAUGGGUCUGGACGUUGGUCCGGAGAGUGUCAAGAAGUAUCAGAAGACUAUCGGCGAGGCCAAGACCAUCCUUUGGAACGGCCCGCCUGGUGUCUUUGAGCUGAAGCCCUUCGCCAAGGCUACGGAGGCUACCCUCGAUGCCGCGGUCAAGGCUGCUCAGUCCGGCAGCAUCGUCAUCAUCGGCGGUGGUGACACUGCCACCGUUGCGGCCAAGUACAACGCCGAGGACAAGCUCUCCCACGUCUCGACUGGUGGCGGUGCCUCCCUCGAGCUUUUGGAAGGCAAGGAGCUGCCCGGUGUUGCCGCUCUGUCCAGUAAGUAA